AUGCAGAGUCUUAUCUCAGAUACAAGGUGUGAUACUCCGGAGACAAUCACCAGCGCAGCUCUGGUACAAACAACCGAUCUGACUCUCACCAUCACCCCCAGUAGAUUGGAACGUCUGGAUGGGAAUGACAGGGGUGGAGACAGAUCGGAGCUGGACCACACGGGUCAAUUAGGUGCUGACGAGCAGGACUCGCGGGGUCGAUCCAUGGAGAGGAAAGUAGGCGACGACAAGAACGAUGAAGUAGCUAAUAUUUCGUUGAUGGGAUUUGGGGCCAUCCUUCCAAGGCGAGUGGAGACUAAGAGGAAGAUUGCACGGUUGGCUGGCAAGAUGCAUUGA